GUCUAACCUGCAAAACCUCUAAUUAUUUCGACUACAAAACUGUAUACGUUUUGAAAGUAUAUUUAUCUAAUUCGACUAUUUUUUGAUAGUGCAACUUCUAGGAAUGAACCAUUUUUAACAUAAUACUAGAUUCUAUAAAAAAUUAUAACAGAUGGAAAAUAAGAUGACUGCUUCUAAACACUUUCUCUGAGAAAACUAACAGUAUGGUUUUUUUGAAGGACCCUUGCGGAAUUGCUUGCUUAAGUUUUACAUAUGUGGCUAUUUUGUAUGCAGAUUUUGUUGUGGUUAGAUGGAUUAUUAUAGAGACAAUGUCAGACAGUUCAUGGGGUUCAUUUAAUAUUGUGUUAUUUAAUGUUAUAUUAUCUUUGUUGUUGGUAUCACAUUUCCGUGCUGUGUUUUCUGAUCCAGGAAUUGUACCACUUCCUCGUAAUAGAUUAGACUUUUCUGACAUAUAUUCAACACAAAAAAAUGAUUGUGGUCAUACAGGCUGGACUGUAUGCACAAAAUGUGAAACAUAUCGGCCACCUAGAGCUUAUCAUUGCUGUAUUUGCAAAAGAUGUAUUAGACGAAUGGAUCAUCAUUGCCCCUGGAUAAAUAACUGUGUUGGUGAAAGAAAUCAAAAAUAUUUUAUGCAGUUCUUACUUUAUGUAGGGCUUUUAUGUCUUUACACAUUUGUUUUAUUGGCUUUUUCAUGGACUACAGAAUGUAAAGUUUGUGGCAUCUCAAUUCUAGAUAGGCAAGCAAGAAUGAUGCACUCUAUAAUUUUACUACUAGAAUGUAUUUUAUUUGGGUUAUUCGUUUUAAUAAUAUUAAUUAAUCAAGUUCAAGCGAUUUUUGAGGACGAAACUGGAGUAGAGCAAACACAAAAUAUGGGAAAUUACCGACCUCGUAAGCCAAGACUGGCCCUAUUAAGUGACGUUUGUGGAAGACAGUAUCCCAUAUUGUGGCUAUUUCCAUGCACAAGUGUCUCUAAAAAAUUUGAUACUCCCUUAAUCGAUUAUCACGUAUAGUACAAAACACAAUGAUAUAUACGAAAAUGUAGGUCAUAUAUUAUGAUUAACAAAGAACAAUUAACAUGUGCAUCCAUAAUUAAAACGCGUUUUGACACCCAAGGUGUCAUCCUCAGGUUGAGAUGCGUUUUAGCUUUAUAAACAUUUUUGUGGAAUUUUUGGGCUUUUUAAGUGUUUAUCUAUUAACCGCUAUUAAUUAAAAAUUAUAUUCACGAAUUAUAGUAAUCAUAUAAAUUUAAACCAUGCAAAUUUAUUGAUUUGUAAAAAUGUAUGCUUUUAAUAUCAAUUAAAAAUUUUAAUGGUGAUUAAUAAUAUGCACUUGAUGUACCCUACAUGUCUGUAUAUCUAGUUAAUUUUGCAUUUGGGAACUUUUUCUUUGUUUAGCUCUUACACGUUAGCAUUUAUCACACAUAGUGGAUCAUUUUAAUCUAUUAUGGCAAGUAUUUCGUGAUGUAAACCACCAAUUAAAAAAUGAUCUUAAUAAAAGUUGUUGCGGCCCCCAACUUUUUGAAACACAUCAAUCACUGAACCAUAGCAUUAGAUGGCCCCCUUCUACAGUUUGCUGUAAUAGACUAAAAUGGUAAAUUUUGAUAAUAAACCACUUGUGUAUUUUACUCAGGUUAUUUCUUAUAUAAAACAUAAUUUAAUUUAAUUAAAUUGUGAUAGUUGUUAAUUUUAUAUACGUAUGAAGAGACAAUGUCUUAAUUUAUAUCAUUAAAUGUAUCAUGUGAUAUUUAUACAUUAAUUUUUAUAUAUGUUUGACAGUUCAUAUUAGUAUUUUUAAUGUAUUAUUUUUAAAUC